AAUACCACACCGUCGGGUUCAGUUAGAACAGAGACUGUCAUUUUCCCCUAAAACUGCAAACGCAAAGAUAAAAUCUGGGAUGCGUAAGGAAAAUGUAUUUACCCGAAGCGGUGUCAUUCUGGGCCACAUCUCUGCUGUCUCUAGUCAAACACUGAGCUUUCGUUCCGCGGUUGUGUUAAAAUCACUCGCCGUUAGUAAAGGUGAAUCGCACGAAUCAUGUAAAGUGAAAGUACGCAGUGUUUGAGCUAGUCAUUGUGUGUGUGUGUGUGUGUGUGUAAGCCCAGCCUCCUUCUUUACAUAGACACAGCAGCGUUUACCUGAAACCAUUACCUGUGUGAAGCGCACCUGGACGGGCUCACACGAACGUGGAUUUAACAGGAGACAAGAACGACAGUUUUGCAAGUAUAGGACGUGAAUGGGAGAUGUAUGAUCCAUUUUAUGAACUGAUUUAGUGUCUUGAUUUUUUCUUCUUCUGAUGGUUACUAUGAUCCGGAUCUGAGAAUCAUCAUGUCAAAAUCCUCAGAUCAGUUUGACAGCUCGGACUGCGUGUGUUCUAUAGGGAUGAAGUUGACUUGGGAUAUAAACGACCCCAAACUUCCGCAGGUAAUGAAGCAGUAUGAUGUGUUCCAGGAGUGGACGGAUGGAUAUGUGCGUUAUAUCUACAGCUGUGAGGAUAAGAAUGCGCAGAGACACCUGAGCGGAUGGGCCAUGAGAAACACAAACAAUCACAACUGUCAAAUCCUGAAGAAGUCUUGUCUCGGAGUGGUGGUGUGUUCACGGAACUGCUCUCUCCCAGACGGGGCCAAACUCCAGCUGAGACCGGCCAUCUGUGAUAAAGCUCGACAGAAACAACAGAAAAAGCUUUGCCCGAACUGUAACUCAGCUCUAGAGUUGAUUUUGUGCCGAGGUCACAGUGGAUAUCCAGUCACCAAUUUUUGGAGAGUUGAUGGAAAGGCCAUUUUUUUCCAGGCUAAAGGAGUCCAUGAUCACCCCAGACCAGAGAGUAAGUCUGAUACAGAGGCAAGAAGGAGUGCAGUGAAGAGACGAAUGUCUUCACCUCACUUCUCGCAGAAAAGAAGACUGGUGGAGCCAGAGCCUGGGCGCUACUAUGAUAUGGCCUUCCCAAAUAUCCACCAGCUCACCAUGGAGGGUCCAGACCGCUUCAGCAUCAUUGCAGAGUCCAAUUUGCCAAUCCAAACCCAACACUACCCGCCGUUCCAGAACCCAGAGCCCUACAAGUUCCCCUAUGACACGCACACCGCUGCGGCCAUGGCUGAUGCCCCAAGUGCACUGCAGAAGCCUGCCAACCACUGUCUGUAUAUGACUCGCCCCCCUUGUGGCUACGAUUUCACAGUUCCUGGAUACCUCGGCUCAAGCCCUUAUCCAACGGCACUGUACAAGGACCCUGCUAGCCCACAAUCUGAGACCGAACCUAAUAAAUCUGGGCCCUGUCUGAGCGGGGUGUCUCACGGCACGAGUACAUUAGCCACCCAUGAGCGAAGCUUUGCAGACACCACGGGAAAACAUCACAGCUGGAAGCAGAUUCUUAGUAAAGGUGCUUAUGGGGAGCGAGGAGACUACCCUCAGCUGCAGACCAAUGGCAACCACCACUACUACAACAACGACUACCCGUGUAGGUACACAGGACCUGCUCCCACUACCCCGGCAGCGCUCCAAACCAUAAUAACCACAACCACAAAAGUGUCCUACCAGCCGUGCCCUAAGCCAUCUGUUGUCAAGUAUGGAGAGAAUAUCUAUGAUGUAAAGGGCCUGUCUAACUGUAACUCGCUCUUGGAAGAGGCCUCUCCCAACUCUCCCUACUCUGAACUGAAGAUUCCUGAAGAUUCCGGAGUGAUAAAAUCUGCCCUGUCAUACCAGGACACGCUUCCAGCUAAAAUUGAGAGGGCUGAAAACUUUGAGGGCUAUCGCUACAGCAGCUACAGCUCAAAUAGUUACCCUGAACGGAUGUCACAUCCAUUCAGGUAUGACAGUGGAGAAUACUGAGGGACUCAAAAGAGAUACUGAGAGAUACAAAGAGAAACGGAUAGAAGGGGUACAAUAUCCCCAUAGCAAGUUGUUUCAGCCUUUAAAUAUAGGUCUGAAAUGCAAAUACACCAACGCAAACAGUUCUAGCUACACAAGCUUGAUUUCAUGAAUCAUUGCAUUUUCACGUGUGCAACUCAUAAUGCAAUGCUAGAACGAGUUGAAUUUUCAGCAUUGCCUCAAGGGGCAGCAUUAGGAAAAACUUCUGUCUUGUUCUAUGGUCAAUUUUCCACUUUAGGUCAAUCACUGUGAUGGUGGAGCAGCAUUUUGAAGAGAAUCUCGCUGAGCAAGUUAGUUCAUUUAGAAUUAAUUAAUAGGUUUGCUUUGGUGACUUUUCUUGCCUGUAGAGAAAAGCCAAGAACAUUCGAGUGUGGGCUGUGAAGGAUAUCAUUUGUUGACCCUCUAAACAAGGAGUAUUCAAUUAAAGUUCCAAGAGGUCCGGUCUCUACAUUUCCUUACCAGCAAAGGGCCAGACAAUAACUUAAUAACAAUAAUGGUGUCAGUAUGGCUAUGAAAUGACAUAAGAAUUUGCAAAUUUUUUUGGAAUAGUUAUUAUACAUUUCCAAGUUGGCAGCAGUAGUACUUUGUAAAAGUGCAAGAAAAAAAAAACCUAAACAGUCAAAGGAGUCUCUUCAAAAGUUGGCAAGGAUUAGGACAUUGGGGGCCCAGAGAAAAAGCCAAAGUAGUUGGGUCUUGAGGAUCAUCUUCCAAUAGAUUAUUUUGUGAAUGAGGAAAGAUACUGUGUAGAGGUUCAGGGGUAUCUCCCAAGAAAAAAAUUAGAAAAUGUAAAAGUCUGAAUGAACCAUUUUUAUAUUUUCCUUAAAGUGAGAAUCUACCAACAAAAAACAAACAAUGGUCUGACUAUCGAAUUAUGGAAACAGUCUCAUUAGAACUCCACUAUGCUACUAACUAGUAAUUAAAAGUUUUUGUUGCUUUUCCUUGCCAUCCAUACCAGGGAUGAUGACAUCUUUGAUUUAUUUAAAAAAUGUUAGAUCUAUUUGUCUUUAUAAAAGGAUCAAAACAUGUUUAUUAAUAAAGUUAAUUUUAGACCAAAAAAAAAAAAAAAAGCUUUAUAGUCUAAAGGCGCUCUGGAAGCAUGUUGUCCUGUCACAAACCUGGCUCAGCUGAACCGUCUGAGUCUGAUCAGACACAUGAAGAUCAAUUCACUGUCAAUCUCAUUUUCUGCAGUGUGUUUUAGCAAAAAAUGCCAGUAUCCAUCUAUAUUCCUGUUCACUUUAUUUUUUCAAGUGGGCAGCAGGCGUGGACCGGGAAAGGGUAUAAAUGAAGCGUGUUUGGUACUAGAGAAAAAUAUUUGAGGAUACAGCGCUGAAAGAUCAGUGCUAUCUACACCCCUGAGCGCUUGCGAUGAACACAGCUCCAUUGUUUUGUCAUGCUGCUCACUUAAAGUGUAGAAAACGUGAGAGAGGGCAACCCUAGUCAUAAUGUCUCACGGUCCGGAUGGAACCCAUCCGGGGUACAGAUCCAGAACGCGGUCCGCUAAUUGGUGCUCUAAAGGAAUAUACACCUUCAUUGAAACAGGCAGUGAUUUGAGUCAAACUAAAUUUUUUAAGGCGCGGUCACAUUUACCUUUGCACGAAAUUCAACAGUAAUUUCAAUUGUAAUCCAUGUGAUCGUAAAUUUCAUGCUAUGGACUUUCGGUGGCGAAGAAUUUCCCGUUGCGGAUUGCGUGAUUAAUUUUUGGUGAACUUUGACAGGUGAAUUCGCCGCAUUGACCAAUAGGAAGUUGCUUGGUUUGGCAGCGACCUCUGUUUGGGCAGUGCUUUGUACAGAGCUACACUGAAUUUUCACAAUGGACAAGGAUAAUAUUUUAUCAGCAAGUAUCUUUUAAACAUCACUCUCACAGAGUAUAAAGUGCUAUAUUAAAAAAAGGCUGCGUGGCAAUUCGUUUUUUGCUGGUUUCAUACCCGCUCAACAUCUUCCCACGGCUUCUUUGUGUAAAGGCAAAAGUGACUGCGCCUUUAGACUUGUAUUGGUCCUGAAUGACUCUGUGCUUUUGGUAUGCAAUGACUCACUCAAAACACAUUAAUGAUGCUCAUUUGUCUCCACCUACUGGUGCAAAGGCAUAAUUUGCAGAAAUGUUCAUGGAAAGAAUCAGUGAGCGAAUUAUGAUACUUUUUGAUGAAUGGAUUCAAAAGACUCCAGUUCAUUCAAAAUCCCCACCAUAUUAGUUUAAAUAUCAAAAUGUUUUUAACUAAUUACCUAAAUAAUAAAACAUCUGGUUUAAUAGUGAAGGCUUUUGAAGCCCCCUUGAGUACUUAAGUUUGUCACAUCACAUCAGUGCAAGAGCAAAAUUACAAUGGGACUGCAAGCUUACAAUAUGAUAGCCAAGCAUUCGCGUCUGUGUUAAUAUAUUUUGUAAAGUAUGGUUCUAGCCAUAGAAAUAUGUUGUUAUUUAUAUUCAGUAUUUGAUCUGUUCAAAUGUCUUUAGUUUUAAAGUGAUUAUAGAUUCCUGGUAGAUUUUUGUGUAAAUCUUUAAUAUGUAUUGAUGAAAUACAGUUAAAUCAGUGUGGAGUACAUUUCUAGAUUGGUUAAUAGCUGUUGUCUUAGAAAGAAAUAAAGAACAGUGUGUCAAA